GCGGGCUCGCGCCGGUCCGCACUGGCCGCUUACGACGCGAGAAUUGAAAAAAAAAUUGUCUAUGGAUUAGUGCGGUGAAAUUCGAAAAAUCGGUAGUGACGGAUGAGAGUGACGGCUGUGGCGCCAAGUUCUCAGCGCUGAUCGUCUCCGACAAGUUCCAGGGGAAACCCUUGCUGGCGCGCCACAGACUCGUCAACUCAGUUCUUCAGGAGGAGCUCAAGCAGAUACACGCAUUCACUCAGAAGACGCUCACGCCCGACCAGUGGAAGGCUCAAUAAUGUACUAGAAUAAACAAUUAAAAAAAAAACUUUUUUUUUAUUAAAAAUGUUGAGCGGAGAGAAUUUUUAUACUGUGAGUGUGUCGGCGCCGGGGAAGGUUAUACUGCAUGGUGAGCAUGCAGUUGUGUAUGGGAAGACUGCUAUCGCUGUGAGCCUUGGGCUCAGGAGCUCUAUUGUUAUAAAGGAAGUAAAAACGGUCGGAGAACCAGCGGUGUACAUCCACCUCCCCUGCGUCGGUCUCCAAGAGACCAUUCCCCUCACCCCGACCGUGAAGGCCCUCUUCAACCCUCAGCUCUGCCACGGCGUCACUGGCAAGUUCUCCUGGAAGAUACCUGGACACCUCGACCAUGACAACCACCUGAGGAAGGUCAAUGAGUUCCUCCAUCAGAUCAAGCCGAAUUUCGAUGAGCUGCCGAACAACCAGAAGAAUUCUUUGAGGAGCUUCCUUUAUAUGUUCUCGGGGAUUUUUGGGAGUACGAAUUUGCAGGUGAAAUCCAUGGACAUCUCAAUGGGCUCCGAGCUGACCAUCGGCGCCGGGACCGGCAGUUCUGCCUCGUUCGCAGUUUGCCUCGCGGGUGCCUUACUGAGACUGAUGGCGUUACGAGCGCGAGGCAGCUAUGAGCCUCCUGGCGACUUUGAGCCGCGCGAGGCAGAAGCGAUAUCAGCCUGGGCGUAUAACUGCGAGCGGAUCAUGCAUGGGACGCCUUCAGGCAUAGAUAACGAGACCUGCACAUUCGGCUCCAUAGUCUCCUUCAAGAAAGGAACCAAGCCCCGUCACCUCGACAUUCGGCUGAACUUGCGAGUGCUCCUCGUGGAUUCGCGCGUGAACCGCGAAACUCACGCCCUGCUAGUCAAAGUGGCGGGCAUACGGCAGAGGAAUACGGCGGCCGUGGACCAUGUGAUGAACGCUUUGGAUGACAUCGCGCACACUGCCACGCAGGUUUUGGAAAAACUCGCCGGUGGCAAGUGUCCAGGAGAUACGGACGCGGAUUAUCAACACUUAGGAGAACUGUGGGACAUGAACCACUGUCUUUUGGCGGCGUUGGGCGUGUCGCACCCGGCCUUGGAAGCUAUCAGGAGCCAGGCGAAGGCGCGGAACCUCGCGUGCAAGCUCACGGGCGCUGGCGGCGGGGGCUACGCAAUGAUCCUGAUCCCGCCUUCAACCCCGCGCAGCACAGUAGAUGGUCUGACGGGGCAGCUGCUGGAGAACGGGUUCCGCGUCACCGAGACCUGCCUCGGCGGCCCCGGCGUGCAGCUCGAGAUGUGACACAGGGAGCGCGGCUAACGGAGUGUCCGAAAGAAGCAAAGAAAGUUUACUAUGAUUUUUCCUGGGACUAUCACGCUACGCUGGUACAACGCAACACACCAUACAAAUGUCGUUGUGUGCGUGCGUGAUGACGCAACUCCGUCGUUCGCAUGUACACAGACAUGGAAAUGAUGCGCGUGUAUUGCGCAAUAAGAGCGUCCAUUUACAACUGUGUGUCCUUUCUAUGUCUGCUCUUGGUCUAAUGGAAGCGAUGGAAGCAGUAUCAAUACAAGAUAAAAAUGUCUGCGUGCUCUCAGGAAAAAUACAAGCUCCUAACGUACAAGAAACGUGGAUAAAUAGUAUCUUGCUGGGUUUUUAAACUAAUAUAUUAUAUGCUAAUGCAUAGAAAGAUAUAUUAGUCGCUUCGAUACCAAGAGCGGUUUACAAGAUUAUUGCCUUACAAGGAUCGGAUGUUGCAAAGACAAAGAGAAUUAUGGACUAUUAGGUUUAUAAAGUGUUUUAUAGUGUGAUGGUGAUGGACAGACGGAUAUUUUUUAAUAAGUAGUGGUCUACUUAAGAUACUUGAAUGGACGAUAUGUUUGUGGAAACACAUUAGUGGCUUUUGAAGCACCAAAUGUAAUGAUGUUUAAAUGUAUGGCGUUUAACGCAAUUAUUGUAUGAAAACCUGGCCAUUUUUAUUUGACAAUUG